UCUCUCUCAUUCAUUCGUAGUGGUUUGUUUAUUUUCUUUCAAUGUUUGUAAAUUGUUUUUCCGUAUUCAGUGUAUCGGUAAGUAAAAUAUGGAGCAUAUGGCUUCAACGGACGAGUCUCCGAGUGCUGUGGAGGCCGCAGAUGAGCAUAAGCCAGCCGUUUGUCCGGUGGCCAAAUGCCAGUGCGUGGUGAAGCACACCCACCUGCUGCGGCACAUGAUCAGCGAGCACUUGGACGCGAGGGCGCGAACUUUGCCCUUUCAGCUGCGCAUGCGCAAAGUGAGCAGUGGGCAGCGCACUCUGCUGAUGCUCACCUACCGCCAGCUGACCGUCGACCACGAUCAGUGCCUGGCCGUUCUGAACUGGCGCCCUGACUCCCCGUCUGACCUGGUGCCACCGCAGUUGGAUCUGCCGCCGAGUCAUCAGGCGCUGACCUUUAACCUGCCCGUCCUGGUGAUAAUCUGCAGAACGACCUGGAAGGCACCCUUCAAAAGGGACGACCACGAUGACAAGGAGGGAUCUAGGGAUCUAAUCUCCGAAUGGGGCACCAUCUAUCUGCUCUGGCUCGUUUCCCCCCUCACCCGACGAUCCAUAAAUGCCAAUCUUGCCGUUUUGAACAGCCAGCUGCAGUGCAUCGUACGGCGGGAUCGCCGCCGGAUCCGGAACUUUGCCAGCCGCAUGCCCUUCAGCCGGCUCAUCACCGGACUGGACCCGUUUUUUGUCAGCCUCAACGAGGUCCAACUGGACGAAAUGUGCGACGGCAGCGGACAACAGGCCUCAGUCUUCCUAGAGGUCAUUAUAGAGGGGGAGUAGCCAAUUAAACAUGGCCCCAAUUGACG